GCCCCGCUUGAGUGCCAUGGCGAAGAAAUUGGCGGCGGACGAUCCGAACCUGAUCGCCAUGAUCGUCGACCACCUCAAGAACCGCGGCCUUUUCGAUGAAUUUCGUAGAGACUGCCUGGCUGAUGUUGACACCAAGCCAGCCUAUCAGAAUCUUAGACAGAGAGUUGACAAUUUUGUGUCCAAUCACUUGGCUAAUCACGAGUGGAAUCCAAGCCUUAACAAAAAUCAGCUGCGUAAUGAGCUUCGACAGAGGGUCUGUAAAUCAGGCAUGUUGGAAUCGGGCGUUGACAGAAUUAUUUCUCAGGUAGUGGACCCAAAGCUGUAUCACAUUUUCAAACCACAGAUAGAGAAGGCGGUCCAUGAAUUUAUGGCUACAGAAAUGAAAGAAGAUGUUGUGCCAAAUCCACCUCAAGAGCCUGAGAAACAAGAGCUCUCAGCUCCAACUUCAGGUACACCCUGAGGUAGCUCUUCAAAUGCCCUAGCACCAGCAUGAUAAUGACUGUUUGCUACCCUGAGCAGCAUCAUCUUCAGCUGCAGUUGCAUGAUCAGAUAAGAAUAAAUUUUACUCGGGGGCAAAGUCCAUUUCUAGGACAAACCAAUUUAAAUGUUGUCAACUGUUUACAGCAGCAUUGCUGCAUCAUUAUGUCAAAUAGAGGAAGUUCUUGGAAAUAGGCACUGAAGAAAACAUGGAAGUUGAUUGAUUGCAAUUGCAGACAGAAUUUGGGGACUUCAGGAAUCCAAUGUGAACAGAUGCGUUGAUGCUUUGAGUAACAUUUCAAACUUGAAUAAAUAUUAAGUGAUCAGGAUAAAUGAAGAAAAUGUUAUGCUAUAAAUGGACAAAUUGUGACUUCAAUUGAAGAAGGACAUGUACUGAGGAGAUGGAUUUUUUAAAAAUUUCCAAUUUCUUAUUCCAUGCAAGAUAGCCUGCUUAUCUAAAAGGCAGCUCCCUUUUCUAGAAGUCACUACAUUGUGUAUUAAUCCUUUGAGGAAUGAACUAUUUUGCACCAAAAUAUAACAUUUGCUUUAUGGGAGUGGUUCAGAGAAUACUGACGGUAGACAAAAGAUCUGUGCUUACGUUAGCAUCUUUAGAAUAUAUAGCACUCAAUUAUUUAUGGAGUAAUAAUUUGAAUACCCUGUAUGUCAGUAAUUUAAGGUUGGCUAUGUAAAUCCAGUAGCGAAUGGGUUAAAUAAUUUUCCAAGAAUUCUUUUGUUAAAUGUUACUUUAGAAAUAAUGUAUUGAAAGCUUCUAUUUGUUCUAAAUAAUUUAUACUGCUGAAUUUAUAUAUUGUUGCAAUUAAAUCAGAUCAUUGUCCAUUGAAAACUCUGGUAAUUAGCCAGCCACAUAUUUUGUCUAGUUUUGCAGUUGCUGUUUUCUUCUGUCUCAUAUGUUCUCAGAAUAGCCUUUAUUGUGGGACAAGAGAUGCUAUCUUGGUGUACUGACUCCUAGACUUUCUGUUUUUGGCAUUGACAUAGCCACGUAUUGCACUAUAUCAAAACUUCAAGAAAAUUGACUGAAAGAAGCUUACUUGCCAUAUAAUUGAGUCUACGAAAAUGUCAUUUGCGUGGAAUCUGUCUGAUGCUAUAAAAGCAAUGCUGGAUAUUUCUCCGUAUUUUGUUCUGUGCGUGGCUGAAGUGCUGUUGUCUAAUUACCAGUUAUGUAUAUGAACAUUGGGAAUUUUGUUGGUGUGACUGAGCAUGAGAAAUUCUAAACAAAAAAAAACUGCCUGGUGAAUUUGUUCUUUCAGAUUUUCUGUUAACUUCUUUUAAAAGUAGUACUCCAAGACCCUCGCAAUGCAGAUCAAUUUACAGAAUUGCAUUUGUAAUAAUAUAAAUUUCAAAAUGGUUUUGUGUACACAAAGUAAAACGGGUAAUAUAUUUCUACACUCAGUUUCAUGGUUUGAAUGCAGCUCCACUUGGGCAAGAAAUGAUGGAUGAGAUCCAUGAAGCAAUCUUGCACUUAGACCUUAAGAUAUAGGUGCAGAAUUAGGCCAUUCAGCCCUUUGGGACCGCUUCACCAUUCAAUCAUGGUUAAUAUGUUUCUCAAUCCCAUUCUUCUGCAUUCUCCCUAUACCUCUUGAUCCCCUCACUAACCAAGAACAUGUACAACUCUGCUUUAAAUACACUCGAUGACUUGGCCUCCAAAGCCCUCUGUGGCAGUUACAGAUUAUAACACAGUUACACAGAUUAACCACCCUCUGGCUAAAGAAAACCCUCCUCAUCUCAGUUGUAAAGGAUCAUCUAAGUUGUAAAGGAUCAUCCCAUCACUCUGAGGCUGUGCUCUCGGGUCCUAGUCUCUCCUAUUGGAAAUAUCAUUUCCGUGUCCUUCAGUGUUUUGUAAGUUUCAAUCAAAUACCUUCAUCCUUCCCAACUCUGUCCAUUACAGACCCAGAGUCCUAAACCCCUCAUUAUAUGACAAGAUCUCCAUUGCAGAAACAGUCUUGUAAACUUCUUCUGGACCCUUGCAAAGGCCAGCAUGUCCUUGCUUAGAUAAGAGGCCCAAAAAUCUCAAUAUUCCAAAUAUGGUCUGACCAGAAUCUCACACAGCCUCAGCUGUAUGUCUCCUGUGGUAUUUUGGCCCUCUUGAAAGGAAUGCUAAUAUUGUACUUGCCCUCCUAACUGUGCCAGGCUGUCUAGUGUGUAGCUUACAUGUGCAUAGUUCCAGUAGGUUAGAGUUAUGGGGAGACAGGACUAUAUCUCUGUCAUUUUUAUGUUGUCAUUAACCUUUUAGCUCCAGUUCGUUUAUCCUGGCAUUUGGGUCAGCUCCCUGUAUUUGCACUGUUAAAUUCUGUUUCCUUAUCCAAGUGACAAACAAUUGACAUUGCAUGGUAAUAGAAUUCGAGGUCUAUCAGGAAUAACACAACUUGAAGACUUUGGAUUCAAUCUGAAGUCAAUGCUAAGUUGGCUGUUCCUACUCUUGACAACAGUUGUAACUGGAUUUUUUACUGAUGUACUAGGGCAAAACUCAAUAAUGAUACUUCCCUCAACUGAAUGUAUAGCUUAUUGGCUCAGACUAUUCAAGUUGUUUCUGAUUUUGUAGCUGCUGGCUUUCCAUAGAGUUGUUUGAAUUGCCUUAAAGCAGUCUGAGAAUGGAAGAAGACCUAAAUUCACAUAAAAAUUCAAGGGGAUUUUUUUGUGUGUAAAGCUAAUUUUUCCAGGAUAGUUUUUAGACUAUAUCUGAACUUUGCUAGAUAGAAGGGUUUUUUGUCUCCUUCCCUGCCCCCAUCUACCUACCCCACCUCCUUCCCACAGGUAACAAACUAUAUUACUUAGCACAUUUGCUAAAUGAUUUCUGCAUUUUCCUUUUACUAUAAUAUUUGGGUUCUCCUUCGGAAAGUAUCACUGAAAGAGACUGGGAAUGACAGUACCUCAUGGCUGUUGCACGUAUUCACCUCGAUCAUUGGUUUGAAUUUCAAAGCGAAUAAUCAAGCAUAACUUGUAGUUAAUUUUACCGUGUAGUUAAUUUCACCUAAAAUUGCAUAGAAGAUGUUCUAAUUGUUUGAAUCAGGGAGGUGAAAUUUCUGAAGUUAAGAUUUUUACCUUAAUUUUUGUUUCAAUGAAAUUCAAGUGACUAAAAUCUAAAACCAAACUUUGGAUCACUAGAUGUGUGCUGUAAUUAAGCAUUGGGCAACAACAGCAAAAACAUGAUUGCUUGGACUUGGUUACUUAAAAUUGAAAGCCUCCCUUGAUAAGUUGAAGUGGCAAAGUUUAGGCUGCUAUGCAGAAUCAUGUCUGUCUCCAGGACCAAGUACCCACCAAGCUCUCAAUUUUGUAGGCUAGACUGUACAAUGGUCUCUUGAGAAAUCAGUUAUUUCAGGAGAGAAGGGAAGAAAAUUAUUACGAAAAUGAAAAUGGAUUAGUGGUUCAGGUUGACUCAGCAGGGUAUGAUUUGGCCAAUGGUAUAAAACUUGUGGAGAACCCAAAUAUAUGUUUCAUCCUGAUUGGGUUAUUUCACUUGUACCAACCCCACAUUUUAUUAACCAUAUAAUUUCAGGAGUUAAUUUAGUUAUUUUCAUCUCAAAAUAAUUUAUCUUAAUGCUCGAACAUUUAAUGUGAAGUAAAAUAUGGGAGAGUAAAAUCUCAAAGUGCUCAGGGUUUUGUUUGCUUUUUUUCCUGUUUAUUUUGAGGCCGUUUGAGUCAUUUAUGUUGCAUAGCGAUCCUUAAAGACAUGUAUUUUCCACCUUGAAAACCAAUUAGGUUAAAUAAAAGGAUCACAUUUUGUCAAGUAUCAAGUUAGAAACUUUAGUGUUUCAAAUAUUUUUGCACAGCUCCCAAAUUGUAGUUGAAUCACUGGAUUACCAAGAGUGAUUUCAGAGAACUCUGUGCUAAGUAGGCCAUGUUUUUAAAUUACUGAAAGCCAUAAAUAUCUUUCUGUCUAGACUAAGAGUUAACAGAAUAUCCUUUAUAGUAGCAAUGUUGUAGAAUUGUUGGUUCUGUGAACUAAUUGCGAGGCUGGUCCCUUGCAAAUGUAUGGUUACAUGUCUUUAGUCCUGUAGAAGUGCACAGAAACAUCCGUUGUACUAGCAUUCAAUAUCUAAGAUUAUUUGUGGUAGAAUCCUAAAUUGAGUUGCUCACCAGGUCUGAUUGACCAAAUGACUUUUAUUGUCACGUAAUGUGUAUGCUGGCUCCUAGAUACCUUGAAUGUCUUAACCUUAAUCCACACCUUUCAUUAUUUUUCUAAAUUAGAUUUCAACAUUGCCAAAGGCCUUUUUCUGGACAGAGUUUGCUUCACUUUUGUAUGCUUGUGUAAUCCAUUUACAGAGUAAUUGGUUCCAACAGAUUGUAAAAUUUUGAGGUCACACUUCUGACAGUUGUGACUUAGCUGUUCUGCAAUACUGAAGUCUUUUCUUUGCAUAUUUUUUCCUGUUAUACUCUUUCAUUAAAUUUCAAGAUAUCCUUUCCUAAUCAUGUGAUUUUAAAAUAAAAUUUUUAAAAUCUUGUUUUGCCUGUGAAGUGGAAGACUUACAAAAUUUAAUCGCACUGUAUAUUUUUCAUUUAAUAAUAUAGAUUUGAAUCUAGAUUAGAGAUGUCUAAUCAACAUUUUCAUAAGUAGUGCAAAUGAUAUCCAAUUAUGAUUUUGAAUUAAUGUUAUACUUGAAGUGCAAAUUGUAAGUUUUGGGCAAGUUCAAUAAAAUUGAACAUUGUAACGUCUUCCUUUCUACCAAAUUGUUUACUGCAAGAUAUGAAAAUUGAUGUUUAUUUUUUAUUGUGGACAAAAACUAUUGAGUUAUAUAUUUAUAGAAAUGUCAUUAGUAUGGACCCUAUCUUUUAGUAUUGUAAUUUAGAAAGUAUCCUUUGGACAAAAGUUUACAAUUGGCCAAAAUAUCUCCAUGAUUGUGUUUAAAAUUUAGUGGAUUUCCACCACAUCUUGAAAACUAAGUUGCAUUGUGGGAUUGUGGUCAUCAUUCUCUGAAAUGAUAAUCCCCAGAUUAUGCACAAACAUGUAAGAAUUGAACAGAAAAUCUGCAAAUUGCGAAUGAUUUGAGCAACAGAAAAAGAAGCAACAAAAUUUUAAAAAACUUUUUCUUGCAUUUUACAGUUUGAUUUAUAGGUACAAUUUCCAAACUAUUUGAAAUCUUUGAGUCACUACAGUUUAUUUUUGAUAACUUGUGGAUUUUUUAAAAAAAAAACUCGCCUAAGUAAAUGUUGACUUCAUGUCUGUCAAUUUCUAAGUUAAGUAAAAAUCAAACACUGUACUGAUGUCUUGAUGUUAAUGAAUAAAAUGGAUUUACUCAGGUAGAUUAUGCUGUAUUAUUGUUACUAAAGAUAUAGUAAUAAACCCAAAGAUGGUGAAGCAUCAAUCCUGUUAAUUCUGCUCCCUCAUGUCUACUUCGCUGGUCAGACUCUAAAUGAGGAUCAUUGGCACUAUUCAUUUCAAUGGAACAAAUAAAAUUAUGGAAGUAGGCCCAGGAAAAUUGUUGGUAAUUCGAAAGGAGACUGAUUCUGUAAGCAUAAUUCAAAUGUUUAAUUAACUGCAUUGUUUAAAAAUAGUUAAUUCGUCAAUCUGGAAGGAUUUUCUAAAAAGUUAACAUUCAAUGUAUUUUCUGUAUUGCAUAUCUAAGUUCCCUGUUACACUUGUUUGACAUCCAAAUGCUGUAUUUUAAGAAGGUGACUUCAUGGAUCACCAAAUUUGGAAAGUAACACUUUGCAAUUCCUUCCUCUGAAAUGUAUGUUCACAAUUUAUGUCGGCUGCACUAUAACAAUGUAAAAAUGAAUCAUGUUUAAAUAAACAUGCCAUUGCUUGGCUUCAAAUUAA